CGGCGGCUUCAGCGGAAGCCGGAAGCAAAGAGCGGGCCCUGCUAGCCCCGCGGGUCGGAACUCGGUGGUCUUGGAGGAUCGGCAGGAUGGGGGAGAAGAUGGCGGGAGAGGAGUUCCUCAACACAACUCACGAAAGUUUCAAUGUCACCCUCCACGCCACCCUGGUUGUCACCACAAAACUGGUGCUCCCGACCCCGGCCAAGCCCAUCCUACCUGUGCAGACGGGGGAGCAGGCGCAGCAGGAGGAGCAGUCGAGCGGCAUGACGAUCUUCUUCAGCCUCCUCGUCCUAGCUAUCUGCAUCAUAUUGGUGCACUUACUGAUUCGAUACAGAUUACAUUUCUUGCCAGAGAGCGUUGCUGUUGUUUCUCUAGGUAUUCUCAUGGGAGCAGUUAUAAAAAUUAUAGAGUUUAAAAAACUGGCAAAUUGGAAGGAAGAAGAAAUGUUCCGUCCGAAUAUGUUUUUCCUUCUGCUGCUUCCACCUAUUAUAUUUGAGUCGGGAUAUUCAUUGCACAAGGGUAACUUCUUUCAGAAUAUCGGUUCCAUCAUCUUGUUUUCUGUGUUUGGUACAGCAAUUUCUGCCUUUGUGGUAGGCGGAGGAAUUUAUUUUCUGGGCCAGGGGGAUUUUUUUUGUGUCUGUGUGUUUGUGUGUUUUGUUUUGCAGGCUGACGUAAUCUCUAAACUCAACAUGACAGACAGUUUUGCGUUCGGCUCCCUGAUUUCUGCCGUCGACCCUGUGGCCACCAUCGCUAUUUUCAACGCGCUCCACGUGGACCCGGUGCUCAACAUGCUGGUUUUCGGGGAGAGCAUCCUCAACGACGCCGUGUCCAUUGUCCUGACCAACACAGCUGAAGGUUUAACGAGAAAAAAUAUGUCCGAUGUCAGUGGGUGGCAAACAUUUUUACAAGCCCUUGGCUACUUCCUCAAAAUGUUCUUUGGCUCGGCCGCGCUCGGCACUCUCACGGGCUUAAUCUCUGCAUUAGUGCUCAAGCACAUCGACCUGAGGAGAACGCCUUCCUUGGAGUUCGGCAUGAUGAUCAUUUUUGCGUAUCUUCCGUACGGGCUGGCGGAAGGGAUCUCCCUCUCGGGCAUCAUGGCCAUCCUGUUCUCGGGCAUCGUGAUGUCCCACUACACGCACCACAACCUGUCCCCGGUCACCCAGAUCCUCAUGCAGCAAACCCUGCGGACCGUGGCCUUCCUGUGCGAAACAUGUGUGUUUGCGUUUCUUGGCCUGUCCAUUUUUAGUUUCCCUCACAAGUUUGAAAUUUCCUUUGUCGUCUGGUGCAUAGUGCUCGUGCUGUUCGGCAGAGCGGUGAACAUUUUCCCUCUCUCCUACCUUCUGAACUUCUUCCGCGAUCAUAAAAUCACCCCGAAGAUGAUGUUCAUCAUGUGGUUCAGCGGCCUGCGGGGCGCCAUCCCCUACGCCCUGAGCCUGCACCUAGACCUGGAGCCCAUGGAGAAGCGGCAGCUCAUCGGCACCACCACGAUCAUCAUCGUGCUCUUCACCAUCCUGCUGCUGGGCGGCAGCACCAUGCCCCUCAUCCGCCUCAUGGACAUCGAGGACGCCAAGGCGCGUCGCCGGAACAGGAAGGACGUCAACCUCAGCAAGACCGAGAAGAUGGGCAACACCGUGGAGUCGGAGCACCUGUCGGAGCUCACCGAGGAGGAGUAUGAGGCCCACUACAUCAGGCGGCAGGACCUCAAAGGCUUCCUGUGGCUGGACGCCAAGUACCUGAACCCCUUCUUCACACGUCGGCUGACCCAGGAGGACCUGCACCACGGGCGCAUACAGAUGAAAACCCUCACCAACAAGUGGUACGAGGAGGUGCGCCAGGGCCCCUCGGGCUCUGAGGACGACGAGCAGGAGCUGCUGUGACGGAGCGGCGCCUCUGCCUGGCCCCCAGGAUGGACGCCCAGCGAGGGCCGCAGGGCACCUGCACUUGGCGGCCCCUUCAGGGAGGAGGAGAGCCCGGGGCAGCCAAGGCGCUCGUCACUCGGACCGAGCAGGCCUGCGGAGCCAGCUGGCCUCUGAAACGCCACCGCUCCGCUCCUCACGAGCCGGACCUCCGCUUGCAGCAUGGCUCCCAGCUCGCAGGUCAGAGGGAACACCUGUCCAGGCAGAAGCUUCCUUUUGCUUCUGUAGCCAAGGCAAACGGUCGUCUCUCCAGCCGGGGCCCCUGAGAGGAGGAGGAGCCCUGCUCUGGGCACCCUGACUGGGUGUCCUCGGGGGCGCUGGUUUGCAGUCCGCCAUGCCCAGAUCCUGCCACCACCUCGACCCCGGGGGCCCGCUGGGCGAGGAGCCAGCUGCCACUUGCCUCCUCCUCAUCAAGGCGCCGUGGGCCUCGGCAGCGGCAAUUCUGACCCGAGUGGCAGCCCCGGAAACCUUGAGAACCUCACACUCCCCUUGGUGAUGUUCCCUGUACAUCCUGAGAAAGAAAAACGGAGUGACCUUUUUCUUCUGUACCUCUGAUUGGCACCUCACAGGCUGUCCCCCGGGUGGCAGGCGGCCACCGCCUUCUCUGGGAAUACUGUGAAUGUUUACACUGGUACCCAGCACGCGCCUGCCUGCGCAGGCCUUCCCUGGAGCCCCUGCGGGAGCAGCUGGGGCUGGGGCUGGGCUGGGGCUGGGGCUGGGGGAGUGCCUUUUCUGUGGGGUCAGACUGCCCCCUAGAGGGAAGAGCCAGAGGUCCAGCGCUGACACGGGCCAGCAGCCACUGCCUGAUUUCCUUUAAAUUCAUGCACUUGAACCAAGUGGUGCAAGCCCAGCGGCCGCCUCCCUCACUUUGAUUGCCUCUAUUAGGGGUCCUUGUUUGUCCAGAGGCCCCCUUUCCUGGGCUGCACGGGGCCUGCCCGCCAAUUACCUACGCCCACCUUCACUGCUAAUCAGCACGUCCUCCCUCCCCCAGUUCUGUACUCUUGGGUGCCACCUGUCGCCCAUGCCAGGGUCCCAGCUCACCCACGCAUGGAGUCGGGUGCAGAGCCUGCUGCCCCUCCCCACACUCCAGCCAGUGCAUCCGAUCCUCGCCUGCAGUCCCCAGGCAGCCACUGAGACCCGGGGCCGAGGUCCCUUCACAGAGUGCUUGCACCCUCCCUCUCUCACACCGGGGUCCCGAGCGAGUGGCCAGUCCGGUCCAGAUGAAACGGAGUUGCCGACUCACACCCGCCCCUCGCCUGCCCUGUAACAGGCCUCCUGUCGGCUUGCCUUUGCCCAUCUCCAGGCUGUUGGCGGUUCCCUCGUGUGGCUCAGGGUCCCGGCUGGAGCCGGGACGUGUCGCCCUCUGGGUGGUUUCAUCCACCAUGUGCACACCCCUGGCUCUCUGUGGGGACCCAGGGGGCCAGCUCAGACCCUGGGCUGGCCGCAAGUGCACGUCCACCUCUUGCCUCAAGCAGCGUGGCCUGGGUGUCAGGAAAGAUGGAUCUCGGGGCCCUUUGAGGACUCGUGCGUCCAGCCCACGAGGCCGGGCCCCUCCCCCGACCCCUUCCCUGUCCCUGGAAGGGUAAGGCCGGUCAGGCAGGAAGCUCACAGUUUCCUUUUUGUGCAUGACAAGUAAAUCUGUACUUGACAGAGCUAAAAUGUGUCGUUUCUGUUUUUGUGAUCUCUCCUUAACCCCGUAAUCUGAGGGAAACAGGAUCCUUUUGCUCUACCUGAUACCCCACUGGAGGGAUGAUGUGGGCAUAACUCUGGUCUCGUCAUUUCCUGUUUCCUUGUAGUGGAAAAGCAAGGUGGGGGGAACCUUGGUCCUCAUGAGGCGGGGGGGUGUGCCGGGGUCCGAGACCAGACCGUGUCUCUCACCCCCAACUCACAAGCACUUCACUUUCUCCCCUAAAACUCAGGAUCUGAUCUCAGAGGCAGAAGCUGCAUUGCAAACUCAAUAGCUUGACA